GAGAAAUGUGAUCUUGGCUCGUUUAAUUUUGUAUUAAAUAUGAUGUAAAAGUUUAUUAAUAUCGGUCGAAUUUCUAAAUGAUGGAACCAAACAGUGCUUCGAGUGAGAAAAUGGGUUACGAAGAAGCCAGAAAGAGCUUCAGUGAAGACAAUACUAAAACCGAAACGAAGUAUGUUUUCGAUGAUGAAAAACAACUCACUGAUAAAGGUCCGAAAUUUGGAAAGCGACAUAUUGAAAUGCUGUUUUACUUCUUCGCCAUAUUCGUCAGUUACUCAGUAAGAAUACAUUUAUCAUUGUCUAUUGUCGCAAUGACUGAUUCCACGGCUAACGAAAACCAAAAUAUACCCACAUUCGAUUGGACAAACCGAAAUAUCAUUCUCUCGUCUUUCUUCUGGGGUUACGUAAUUCCUCAAACGAUGGCGGGCUGGUUAAUGACCCGCUACGGCCCCAAAUGGUUCCUAAUAGGCACCUUGGGGAUUUGCUCUAUAGUGGGAUAUUUAAUACCGUAUGUAGCAGUUCAAUUCGGCUCGACUGGCCUCAUAAUUUGCAGGAUAAUACAGGGAUUCACCCAAGGAUUCCUCGUGCCCUCGGUACCGAUAUUUAUCAGCAGAUGGGUGCCGGUCAGCGAAAGAGGAAGGAUUAAUACUUUUGUGUAUUCGGCGAGUUCGCUUGGAACUGUUUUCGCGAUGAUGAUUACCGGAGCUAUAGCAGCUAGCGUGUACGGUUGGCCGAUGGUGUUUCAUUUUUUCAGUUCUUUAGGUGUAAUUUGGUGUAUAUUGUACGCGUUUUGUGGUUACAAUUUACCCGCUGAAUGCAAGUCUAUUACAAAAGAAGAGCAAGCAUUUAUCGAGAGCUCUACCGCUCGAGUGGUUAAAGAAAAGUUGCAAGCUCCAUGGAAGGAUAUGUUUAAAUCAAUCCCGUUUCUAGCUCUACUAUACUCUUACACGUGCUUCAUUCUCGGAUUUUGGAUACUACUAACCCAAAUUCCCACUUACAUGAGCAAAAUCUUCAUGUUCCAGAUCAAAUCGAACGGAUUUUUAUCGGCCUUGCCCUACAUCAUGCAGUUUCUGCUCGGCCUCUUAUUAAGCAUCGCGUCUGAUUUCAUUACGAACAGAAAAAUUAUGUCCCUGACCACCACUAGGAAAACUUUUAACGCCGUCGGUAUGAUAGUACCAGCAAUAAGCCUGGUAUGUCUAGCGUAUUGUUCGAACGCGAUAUUGGGCAUUGUGAUACUGAUAACAGCCGUAGGAGUGAACAGCGCCUGCCUGUUGGGCGUUUUCAUUAACAACAUAGACCUGGCGCCCAAUUUCUCGGGCGUUAUACAAGGAGUCGUUAAUGGAUUUUCGAACAUAUUCGCGAUUUUAGCGCCGCUCGUCGCCGAACUUUUGGUUACUGACGAACGAAAUCCAGGCCACUGGUGCAGGAUAUUUUAUCUGGCAAGUGCGGUUUAUGUAUCUGGAGCGAUCGUUUUCUGUUGUUUCGGUUCGGGGGAGACUCAACCGUGGAACGAUAAUAAAAGAGUUAAAGAUAACGCCAAAGUGUAGCGGCAAGAGGUUGCCCGGAAAAUGCGACGUCCAUUUAUUCUGUUACAGACAUAAAUAUUUAAUAAAUUAAUCUUGAUUUUGCCAAAUAUUUGAGUAGG